GGCGGCGGGUGCCGGCGCUGCCCCGGCCGUGCCGGCCCGGCCGAGCCGCCCGCCCUCCAUGCGGGAGCGCCGGCGGGGCCGCGCCGUGGGGGCCAUGGCCGACAGCAACGCCGACUGGAUGGGCUCCCUGCCGCCUGCGCUGCGCUCCCUGCCGCUCUCCAACCUCGCCAUCCCGGGAUCACAUGAUUCUUUCAGCUACUGGGUUGAUGAGAAAUCUCCUGUGGGACCAGACCAAGCAAGAGCCAUCAAACGUUUAGCCAGAAUUUCCUUGGUUAGAAAGAUCAUAAAGAAAUGGUCAGUGACUCAAAAUUUGACUUUCAAAGAGCAGUUGGAAGGUGGCAUCCGCUACUUUGAUCUUCGUGUAUCUUCCAAACCUGGGGAAAUAGGACAAGAGAUUUACUUCAUACAUGGCUUGUUUGGCAUCAAAGUAUGGGAUGGGCUAAAGGAGAUGAAUAGUUUUCUUGAGCAGCACCCCAAGGAAGUAAUCUUCUUGGAUUUCAAUCAUUUCUAUGCCAUGGAUGACAGCCAUCACCACUUCUUGAUCAACAGGAUCCACUCAGCAUUUGAAUCCAAACUUUGUUGUGUUGAAUGUGUAGAAUAUGUGACAUUACUGUACAUGUGGGAGAAGAAACACCAGGUUCUCAUCUUUUACCACCACCCAUUGUAUCAGGAAUAUCCCUUCCUGUGGCCAGGUAAUAAAAUGCCAGCGCCGUGGGCUAAUACAACUAACGUGCACAAGCUGCUACAGUUCCUGGAGACCACACUUGAGGAACGAAGUCGCUACGGGACUUUCCAUGUAUCUCAGGCAAUUCUCACACCGCGAGUGAAAACGAUUGCGCGGCAUCUCGUUAGCGGUCUGAAGAACACGCUUGUUCAUCGGAAUUUGCCCAUGAUUUUGAAUUGGGUGAAAGAACAGAAGCCUGGUGUUAUGGGUGUUAACAUAAUUACAUCAGACUUUGUGGAGCUGGUUGACUUUGCUGCUUCAGUUAUUGCACUGAAUGACCUCCUUUUGGAAGAGGAUGAAUCUGCAACUUAAAUCCUGAUUGCUGUGUCCCACUUGUGCUCCUUAGUGGACAUCUUUGAACUAUACUAAAUGUUUUACUUGGCAAGUGAAACCUACUGUAAUCUCUCUUUAUGGAAAAAAGUUUCCUAGAGGAAACGUGGUUAAACAUCACAUACAGCCAGGUCCCUUCUCCUGGAGUUGUGUGGACCUGAGUGAGCCAAGUGCUGUGUGAGUGCUGCUCUGUCUGUCUGUCUGUGCGUGCUCUGUUUGGCUGAGCUGUGCACACAUCUGCUGCCAACAGGGGCUGGCCUCUGGAGCAGAUGUACCCCAUAGUGGUGCACAUCUCUGCACUCCCAGCGCCCUGCGUGUGCAUCCUGCCUGCUUCCUAUGGCCAGGGCUCAUCCAGGGAUUGCUGCUGCUCCCAUGGCAGCGUGACCAGGCUGGCCAGGCCACCUCUGGCAUAGCUGGGCUCAGCUGGAGGCUGCUGCUCUCUUCGUUGUGCUGUUUUAGACACUACCUCUGACUUACUCGAAGGGACAAUACUGCUGUUGUUCAGGGGGCAGCUGUUAACACUGCGUUAAAUAUCCAAACUGUCCUUUGGGCCUGAGAGGUGAAGGCUUGGCACAAGCUUUCUUCUCAGCCUCCUUGUUUUACUUUAUUACUUUAAUACAUCAAUUGCAACAGUGUUUAAAUGUUUCUUUUGAGAUCAAUUUGGAGAAUACUUCAGUCUUCAAAUUUUGAGGAUUUUAACUCAAAUCUUAAUUCCUGUUUCCUGGGACAUAUGGGAAACAUUAAUUUUCCUGAAUUGCUGGGACAUUUAGGAAACAGCAUAACCUUUCUUUUUUAUCUGUUCGUCACUUGGAGUUUUUUAAUCCAUCAGAUUUUCUUUGGGGAAAGUCUCUUACCCAGGCAGCCCUUCUCUGGAAGGAGGUGGGCCAAGUGAGGGCUUGCUUGUUAUUCAGAGAACUGGAGCUGACAGGGACUGCUCAAAGCCCAAAUAUUGGAUCACUGUGAUUUGUGAUGGGAUAGUGAAUUCUGCAGUCAGACCUGAAAGCUGUGCUUGUACACAGAGAACCACACCUAUUAGGGGAGAAAUUUCUCCAGCCUUCACCUGCUUGUGACAGAGUAAGCAAUAAUCACAGAAGCACAGGUGGGUGUUAGUACUGCUUCUUUCUUUAGUCCUACUUACUUUUGUGCUGAUUCACAAUGAAAUGUGACCAUGUAUGCUUGAGCCAAUGCAAUCACAUGUUGGUACUUAUCAGCACUUAAUUUACUAGCUGAUAGUAUCCUGUGGUCUAAUUUAUAUUCAUUGUUUAUUUUUAUUAAAAAGCACAAAAGGGACUGAUUAGCAGAUACUUCUCUGCUCAGUCAUCUUCUGAAGCAACUAUUGGUGCACUAAUUAUUUACUGAUUAUGAGUUUUUAUUUAUCUCUAAGCUUAUUUAUUAUAGAAUGGAUCAUCUUUAUAUGCAUUCAAAGGAAAAAUUCAUCUCCAUAUUUAUUAUUUAUUUAUUUAUUACUAUUUAUUUUGUUGUAUCUUCCAUCAUGGUCUGACAGCUGUGAAAAAUCCGAACCUUUUUGUUUGCUUGUCAUAACUCAGGAGAAAUGUUUACAAACCUUCCAUGUGAACCUUGUCCGAGUUCGGAGCAGACUGUAAUCUGAUUUACCUGUUGUUUGCAUGGCUUUCAUUAGAGUUCCUUGAAUUUUUUAACUGAAUCGUUUCUCAAAGGGAGUUGAGGGUGGGGGAAGUGCCUGUCACUCACGGUCUUUAUCCUUUCCACUUGAGUCUCAGUGACAGAGGACACGUCAUAAAAAUCAAGGUUUGGGAACUAUGUUAAAAUUUCUUGUUUAAUAUUUCCUUUUAAAACCACAGCUGAAGGUUUUUAUUGGAUUUGGUUUUAUUUUCUUGUUGAUGAAACCGUCAGAACCUGUUUUGAACAGUUCUGUUCAGUCUGCAAUUUUAUUUAAAAUACCUGGAUUUUCCUUUGCUGAGUUUUAUGUUUAGUAGUAGUUUUACUACUACUUUACUCAUGCCCCCAGCUGAAACUCCAUGUGGAUUUGGUUUCACCAACUAUCUUGGUGCUCAGAGCUCAUUUGGGUGUUAACACCAAGGUUGUGGGUUUGAUCCCUGCAUAGGCCAUUCAUUUAAGAGCUGGAUUCAUGACCCCUAUGGGUUCCUUCCAACACAGAAUAUUCUGUGAUUCUGUAACUUGACUUAAAUGCCAGCAAGGCAGAAAUAAUACCUUUGCAAGGUUCCCUGCAGAACCGGAAGACAAAUCAAGGUGAAGUGAGUAUGAUGUUUGGAUUUGACCCUUAAUAUAUUUUGUACUGUAUAUCUAUAUAUGUAUAUCUGCCUCAAAAGAGAUUUAUUUGGCUUAACUAAUAUUUGUAUUGUGUAUGCACAGUGAUGACUGCUAUUAGUCCUUCUGCUGUAUUUAUUUGAAUAGAGAUGGGAUGGGCUCAGGCCUUUGGUUAGACAUUUUUAAAUGCAAACUCAGAAAUUUCUCUAAUGUAUUUGCUGUUAGUUCAUGCCUCUUAAAACAUGCUGGAUGUUAAGAGUGUUAACAGAGGGAAAAGAAAUGGAAAAUAGAUUUACUAUUAAUGGUUAAGUAUAUGGGGGGGGAAAACAUUUCUGUAAGUUUAGCCUGUCAGAAGAGACUUGUGUGUCAUUUCAGAGCAGUGCUUGGUGGUGUGCUUCAAUGUGAGGAACCUCAGAGUCUUAAAUGGUGAGUUGGGCAAUUGGCAGGUAACACUUGUCUGUGACGUGACAUCUCCUUUGGCUGCUCUGGGCAGCAUUCAUGCUGGUGUUUAGAAUUGGUCCUAGGGCUGUCCGAAACCAGCCUAAGCAAUAUGAACUACCUUUCAUCUAUUCUGUUACACAGAGAAAAGCUAUCCAUAUAAUGGGCUUAUCUUGCUUACUCAACACCCAAACAUAUCCAGACUUCCUCAUGCUUUGCGAAAUGGAGCUCAUCUAGGCUUGGACUUUGGGCUGUGGACUCUAUUUUCCAGCAUAACAAAAUUAAAAGGUGAGCUGGGCAGGAAGGGAGGAUCAAGGAAGCAGGGCAGUGGUUUGCAUCCAGUGCCCACAUGGAAGGUGUGGCAGUGCUUAGCCCAGUUCUGGGCAGCAGAGUGGAGCAGGUCUGGUGGGUCAGUGACAGUGCUGCAGCUCACAUUGAGGCGCUUGGCCAAGUCUGGCCCCUGAGAUCAGCAAAUAACAGCCUGCAAGGUCAGGACGUGUGAGCUUGAGGAGAAUAAAGAUGGGUAUGAGCACAGGAGAAGGCAGGGUUCUUCUGGUGAAUCUUUGGCACAUCUGGUGAAUACAGUGGGUUUAGUCUUGCUUGUUAUCCCCAAAGUAGCAGAGUUCACUUUUGAACAGACUGGGAAGAAAACCUCCCCAGAAGAAUUGUUCUGACCUCUUGACCAUUUUGUAGGUGCAGGGGGAGGAGAAGCCAGAAAACAAGCAGCUGCUUGAGGCAAAGUACUUAAACUGUGUAUUUUUGAAUAAUUACACAUAUGGUUUGUUAUUACAGAUUCAGGUUGGUUAUACACUGUUUUAUGAGUGUUGUUUCUCAGUGUGCAGUCCCUGAAUGCCAAGCACACUGGUGGCAUUCCUCUGUUCACACUGAUUGCUGCUAUGUGCAAUUUAAGGGCAUAUUUGAGGCACUUCGUGUGAUUGUGUAUAAGUGAUACUUGUAAGUACAUAUAAGUAUAUAGAUAUAUCAUAUAUCUUAUAUAUGAGAUAUGUAUAUGGGAUAUAUGCUUAUAUGAUAAGUAUAAGUGAUACUAAGUCAUGCACUUAGACCUCUCUGUGUAUCCCUGAUGGGAAGUAGUAGAUAUUUGUUAUGGAGCACCUACAAGCACCUUAGUAAGUCCUGUAGGUGAAAACAAAAAAAGGAGUUAGUACUAGAUUUUGCAAAAUGACAAUCUGUUGGCUUUUACUUGGGGACUACUGUCAUUAUAUGCUGAACUGCAUAGGGAAAUGGUAGAGUCACCAUCUCUGGAAGUGUUCCAAAAUGGAUAUGGCACUUGAGGAUAUAGUGUAAAGAAAACAGCAGUGAUGGAAUUUCUGGUCUUGGAGGCUUUGUCCAACCUUAACAAUUCUAUGAUUCAGAGUAGAAAUGCUGACUGCAAAAAGGCCCAUAUUCUAUUAAACAGCCUCUUUGGAGGAAAGAAUAGGGAAAUGGAGUCUUUGCUCCUAACACAUGCUGGGUUUUGCUGUUGUUGGUACUGACUUAAGUGAAUGCUGGAGUUUAAAAAGUACCUGUACUCUAAGGUUGAAAAACACUUUUGAGCAGGGAUUUUGGCUCCAACAGGAGAAGGGCUUCUGCCAAGGUGCUCAUCUAUUUUCAUCUGACAAAACCUUUGGAAAUACUUUCUUUGCAUACCUGUCUCACGUGUCAGAGUUCAUUGAUGCAUCAUUUGGCUGACCAGAGUUUAGGACUUAAAUAGAUAGAUGGAUAAGAGGACAUGAUUAUUUUGAUUUAGAAUUGGGUUGCCUAUGGAAGUCUGACUGAGCAUGUGGGUCUUGAGGUUUACUUGAAUGUGCAGUAUUUAAUAUGACAUCCAUAUGCUGUUUUUGUAAGACUUUCGUCUUGACUUGAACACAUAGUUACCAAUCCCUAAUAAGCAGAUUUUUUGGUCAGAGGACCACUGUUUGGGACAAAACUUAAGGCAGAUUUUCAAUGCUUGUUAAAGCACAGAGAAAUUGUCUAAUGUGGGGAACAGAACUGACUCCAAAAGUAAUUUAAGUAUAGAUCAGGUCUAAAUGCAGUCCUUUUGGCGAUGAAAAAUAAGAUUUUCUUUUCCUUUAACAAAUUCUUAUUCCAGCUUUGGUUUUUAGCUCAACAGAUGGGUAGAAGAGCCAGAGCAUAUGGUGAACAGCAAAUAAAUUUUACGCUAAGGACAUGUAUGUAGGACUAACUGUGUAAGAGUAUGGUGAUUUACUUAGUGACACCUUUAAUGGUAAUCAGCUCUUUGGUUUAGGUUGUUAAAUCAGUCUCUAUUUUGCAUUAAAAAUAAUCAGUCCCACUAAUUCAAUACAACUCUUCUGUUGAAGUGUGUUUACUUCUGUAUGCAUAGUUAUUUCUCUACAAGUCUUAUCAAGUAAACUGUUAAUUGUAGGGACCAGAAUAGGAAUUUCAACUUUUGAACUGUGUGCUGAAUCUGCUUAUAUUUGAUAUCUCUGAAUAUUUAUGCAUUGUGUGUUGUCCAUUUAAACAGUACUUCUCUUACCCUUUGUUAGAUCUGUCAUACCAUCUACAUUGAACUGCAGUGUAUUCUUAAUUUUGAAAGAAGUGUUGAUCAGCACAUCCUAUAUAAAAAUACUUUAGAUGGUUCUUUGAUUUUUCUCAAUGUCAAAUGUAUUUUCCAGGUGUAUUUUUUUUAUUAUUUAAUACUGUGGAAGGGACCAGGUGAAGAGCAGUUACCAAUUCUCAAUAUUUAUUUUGUGCAGUUUGUCUUCUUUUGGCAGUGUGUGCUUUACCCACCUGUCUGAUUCAGGUUUGUGAAACCAGGAUGCCUCAUCUGAACUGCAGAUAAAUUUGGGGUUUACAUCUGUUUCUUCUGCUUUAUAUCAUAUUGGGGGUUUUAAUCCUGAAAAUAAAAAGUACAACU